AUCUCCAUGGAAGAUUCAUUUCGGAAUUCUGACAUGGAUACCAGUGAAGAGUUUCCAAAAAAAGUCUUCAAAGCUAGAAAAACAAUGCGCGCAAGUGACCGACAACAGCUAGAGGCUAUCUAUAAAAGCAGAGAGGAACUUUUAAAAGCAAAUGAAGAGACCAAAACUAAACUGUGUAAUGGUAGACAUGAAAAUGGAGAUUCUGACAACAAAUCCUCACUAAAUACUAAUUGCAUGGAUGAUACUGACAUUGAUAGUAUUAAUGAUGUGAGGCUGGGCCCAGAGGAACUGCAGAGCCACCCCAUUGAUGAACUCAAUAUUGCCCAAACACAUGAACUAAACUGUGCUGAAAAAUGUUUUAAUGAAGAUGGGGGUUCAAGCUCACAAGAAAAAAUGGACUCAACACCCCUAUUUGCUAAGGAUGAACAGAUUUCUACUGGGAGUACAGAAACCCAUAUUUUGGAUGUUCAGAGCAAAAGAGAUGACAUUGUGGAAUCAGAGUCUGUUGAGUUGAAGCAGGAUUCUUUAAUUGCGGAUAAAUCGGGUUCUGAUUCCCACUGUCCUUCAGAGAAGGAAAAGCCAGCUUCUGUUAGCGACAGCAGGUGUCAGAAAAUGCCAGAUGAAACUAGCCUUAAGUUACAGCUGUCGUCUUCCUCAGUGAGAGAAAAAGAAGACCAUGAAAGUUCAUUGGACAUUAGUGAAGAAGCAAUAACAAGUAGCAUAGAAUCUGUACAAGAGAAAAAUAAUUGUGAAAGCUCUAAGAUCGAGUGUGUAGAGACUGAAAAUGAGAUUGCAACGAAAGACAAACUAAGUGAGAACAAAUUGGCUGAGAACAACCAACUGGAAAUUGAAGAAAUAAUCCCUAUUUUGGAGAAACUGGCCCCGGAGAAGGACUCUGAAUUAUCCAGUAAUCAAGGAAUUAUUCCUGCAGUGGAUUCCCCGUCACCAAAGGACAGCUCAUUGAAAGACUUGCAGGAAGAGCAGAUGGACACAUCUCCAUGCAGUUCCCCAACAAAAGAGGAGUGCAAUGGCAACUUGCCAGAGGAAGCAUUUCUUGUCUUAUCAGAUGAGGAUGAGCCAAUAGUUGAGAAUAAAACAGAAAGUGAAGAGCUGGUACCAAAAAAUAAUGAUCCAGAUACAGAUCACAUAAAGAAAACGGCUAAUACAAGACAGAAGCAAGAACCAAAUGAAGUUGUUCCACGAAAAAGAUCCAAAUCUGAAGAUAUGGAAAGCAGUAUAUCCAAGCGGUGUCGGUUUUCUGGAGAUGAAUAUGAGGCUGCCUUAAAAGUGAAGAUCACUGCAAGAGGGGAGAUCCGGAAUACGCUUGAGAAAAUUGUUCAGCAGAUCAUUGAAGAACGCAUUAGUGCCAUGCAGAGUGGUGUUUUUGACAAGAAGCUGGCAGAGCUGAGGAACAGAGUAGAAAAAAUUGAAUGUAAUACAAGGCAUGAAUCUUUAAUCAGUGGCUUACAGGCAAAACUCAUGCAGAUAGAGAAAAGGCUAGGAUCAGCAAAUCAAGCUCGCAAUGAUUCUGCCUCAAAGAAAGCACAAGAGACUCCAACCAUCUCCACACCUCAGCAACCAUCUGGACCGCAGUCUGCACAACCUGUGUCACCCAGCAAAUCCAACAACCCUUCUCUUGGUGCUUCUGGUAGUGUGCCACCUCGCAGUGGAACAGUAAGGCAGAUGCUGGACUUGCGAAGAAAUAUGGCAGAUAGUGUAGCAUCAGGACAACAAUCUGCAAACUCAAGUAGUACAGGUAUUACUAACUUCACACCACCUCAGGUAGUUGGCGGACAGACUAAACCUCAGAGUGCAGGGACAUCUGGUGCUGUGGUCACUCCUGUGCUGCCAGCAACUGCAGCAGUAGUGGGAAACAAUCAGUCACUGCCAACCUCUGGCAGUAACCAGCCUAUGCCAGUAUCUCUUCAAUCAGUGCCAGUAUUGCUUACAGUUCCGGUGGCAAUGUCUUCCCAGCCUCAAAUUCUUCAGGCUUCAGCAAGUAGUUUGAUGACGAACCAGCAACCUGGAAUUGAGUUCUUGCCUGUUCAGUCCCAACCCAUGCUUAACAACCUCUCCAAACCACUCGCAUCGCAGGCAUCGGCAAAUGUAGCAAAAGCAACUGGUGCUGGUCCUUCGUUGCCAAGCCCUGGAGUCCAAAGGAAGUCCCCUGGAAGUAUGGGCUCAGUACAGAUAAGUAAUGCUGCUUCCAGUCAGACGACUACUGUGACUAGUACUCAGUCUACUCUUUCACCUCAGAUUUCCCGGACAGCACAACCAUCUUUGGGUACCCCAGGACAUUUUAGCCCUCCUCAUACUAGGCCAUCAAUACAGCCAAGGCCUUCGCAGACUUACAGCCAGGGCCAAGUCUCUGGAUCAUCAAAUCAGUCAUUAACCGUCACUUCAGACUGCACCAGUGCAGGAACGUCCAGAUCAGAGAGCAGCCUCAGCCAGGCCACCACCCAGAGACAUCCCAUCGCAGCUCCAGCAGAGUCACCAGCUGCUAAGAAAGCACCGCCUAAUAGCAACCAGAGUGCAAAGACAGGAGGAAGUGACAUGGGAGCUGUCAUUGACCUGACGGGUGAUGAUGAAGAUGAUGUGUCUGCACAAGAUGCCAGGAAACAUAAUCAGGCUGCUAACCAAGGAACAACAGGAACAACUCCACUUCAGACAUCUCCACCCACUGUCCAGCCACAGAUCAGACCUCCUGCAACUUCCCAGGGAGUUCCACCACAGCAGACUUCAGUGCAGUCCCAUUUGCCAACACCACAGAGCAGCCUAGGCACCACUGGGUUGACAGUACAGACCACCAGUGUGCAAAGUGUGUCUGCAGGGCAAACAAGUGCUAAUGUACUUCAGCACCAACGUCCUCAGAUGCCUCCACCGACAUCACAGGCCCCUGCGAGACCACCACUUCCAACUCUCCAAAGAGGAAGCUCGAACCCCACAGUUUUCACAUCUCCUCCUCCAUACCAAAGUCACAAUCCAGUGCGGGCUGUCACAACGCAGAGCCAGGCAAUGCGACAGCCCAGUCCUCAGCCACCUGUUAGUGGUAUGUCAGUCAGGCUGCCUCAAACAUCUUACAUUGUGAACAAUGUAAUCUCUAUUCCUGUGAUGCCAAAUAUGCCUCAGUUCACAGUCCAUCACCGGCCUUCACAGGAUCCACCUCGACCUAUCCAUCCAGCACCACUCCCCGAGGCCCAAGUGCCACAGCGGUUACCUCCAGAAGCUGCUAAUACCUCACCGCCCCAGAAACCCCACCUAAAGCUAGCCCGUGUCCAGAGUCAAAAUGGAAUCGUCCUGUCCUGGAGUGUCCUUGAAGUGGACCGAUCUUGUGCACUUGUGGACAGUUACCAUCUCUAUGCCUACCAUGAAGAUCCUGCUACUACAACUCCUUCCCAGUGGAAGAAGAUUGGAGAAGUAAAGGCACUGCCACUUCCCAUGGCCUGCACCCUUACUCAGUUUGUAUCUGGAAGCAAGUACUACUUUGCAGUCCGAGCAAAAGACAUUUAUGGACGAUAUGGGGCUUUCUGUGAUCCACAGUCGACUGAUGUGAUGUCGACUCAGAGUAAUUAAUUCAACAAGAAAAAACAAAGACAAAGAACCACAAGGCCCAAAAUGAUAUUUUUUCAUUUCUUUUCUUACAUCAUGCAUGACUUGUUGUAGUUUUUCUAUAGAUGUCUGAUCCUCUUGGUAUCUGUGUACACUACACUGCUAUACACAAGGGAGUCAUAGUAUAAAUUAGGCAACGCUGAUUUGCAGCAUAGCAAGAACAGGACAUCGCACCAAGGGUGCUGUAUUACUGCUGCCAGAAAGAAGUUGCUUCUUUUGUCACCAUAGACCCAAUUUGACUGGGACACAACGUGAUAGAGUGACUGAUGAAGCAGCAGCAACAAGUGACAUUUUCUUUAUUCUCUGGUCAGCCAUUGGUUUGGGUUUUAAAGAAAAACAUUCCCAAAUGUGACGUGUGAUGCAGACCAUUAACAUGAUCAUUCAUACAUGUAUUAUCUUAUUGUUUUUUUUAAUUAUUUUCACUGCGACUUUAGCUAUCAUUUCAGACAGCAGUGAAAAUUGAUCAGCAGUGACCAUAGGAAAGUGAGUUUUAUUGCAUUGCCUGAAAUACUAAAAUAAAUGCGACUUGCAAUGGACUGCAUACUUGAUUAUUAAGAGGUGUUAUAAUCAACCAUGAGCCUCACUGAAGAAAUCAGACACGCCUCGUUCAUCAUUCGUAUCCAGUAAGAUCAUUGAAACUGCAAGUUUUUAAAAUGAGAUGGCUUUUCUGUGUUGUGGGGGUGGGAGAUGAAUAAAAGCAAAUUGUAUGAUUUUUUUUUUUCUUUGCCAAAAGCCUUUGUUAAAUGUGUUAUCAGAGUAAUCUGUGCACUCCAGAGACAGAUAAAAUUCUCAAAAUAUAUUUUUAAUCAGUGUGAAAGAAGUACUUGGUGGUGUAGUCACUGGACAGUGAGUCUGACACUUUGAGAGAGCCCUUUCAUCAGUACCACUUUUCUGGUCUAAUGAAUAUUUUUUAAAUAUAUAUAUAUAUAUAAAUAUAUAUGUGUGUGUCUUUGUAAAUUUCAGACCUGCUCUCCCUUUAAAGCCACUAUGUUGUACAUAUUCUUGCUUGCCAGCAACAAAUUUUCAUGCCUAACUUGAUGUAAUCAGAAAGCACAAGUUAAAUCUCCAGUCACAUAGUCCGCACGUCAAGGUGAGUCGGUGUUUUGGGAGCAUGCAGCUGAACCUGUUUCUCCUCUGAGGCAUUGCACCAGGUCAGCCAGCAUGAAGAGAAAAUGAUGCUUCAACAAUCUGCAAAUUGUUCGCACGCUAUCUUCUCCCCACUUGGUUACUUCCUUCAGCCAUUUUGGACAAGCAACAUUGGGCAUAUCAUAGACCUGUUUUUGGGCUUGCACAGUGACAGCCAGCACUAUUAAUGUAACUUCACUGUUGAAAACCAUUCUAAGCAUCCCAGCUGGCUAUCUGGCAUUACACAGACCAUGGUAAAGUGACAAAGCAAGCCCAACUUGCUUUGUGUAAAUUAUACGUACUGUGUUGUAUGGUGACAAUUUUGGCAUACUGUCUGCUCCUGUUGCCUUGGGCACUGAGGGAUCGUGACUCAUCAAGUAAAUCAUUCUCAGUACAGUAUCUAACGAAGUCUCUGCAUUUUUUUCAUAGAACUGUUGUAAAUCAAAUCAUUUAUGAAUAAAAUGAAAUAUUUCUUAACUCAGUGAUUUCAAUUAAGAUGCAACUGAUAAUGUGAGCAACAUUGUGUCCUCUUCAGGAAGAAUUCCCUGAGCACACUCCCCACGUAACUUAAAAAUUACAUACAUUCUAAUCGAUGAUGUUUUUAAGCUGUUUUGACUAACCUGAACCCAGAGAUCUGUUCUUUGAGAAAUCCCUAGAAAAAAAUUCAAAAUGGCAAACUUUCCAUCAACUAUUUUGACACUAUCCAUAAUACAGGAACAAACCUAAUUCUGUGCACAAAUCUUAAUUUCUGUUGAAGGCUGUACUGGUAACAUUUUGGCCAAAUAUUAGUGCAGUGUAACAAGACAUUGCUCCAGGCUGCUGCUUUAUCCCGCUGUCAUUUACAGCCAGAAUAUUUUCAUCAGUAUUUGUAUGCCCUUUGGCUGAAUUCAAAACAGGUAGUUUUAGAAUAUUCACCAUCGUUGGAGAUAACAGUGCAAGUUUUACUUUGCAGUAUGGUGAUCAAAGAAGGGGAAAUGAGUAGAGCCUUGUGGUACAUUAGGGGAAAGAGGGAAGUCUUCUUAGCAGCUGGCAAAAAGAUUGCACCAGCUGGGGUACAAAGUGACUGCCUGAAAGAGCACUGCCUGUCACCAGGUGCAUGGAUGCCGUGUUGCAUGGUAUCUGUCGGGAUACAGCACUCUGGACCUUGGGGAAAUAAAUGAUGCUACUCAUUGUAGACCAAAUGUAUAUUGCACUGCAUGUUAUGGGAAAGGGAUUCAAGUACCUGCCAACUCGUGCAAUAGUGGGAACUGAUGCUCCUUUCUCUCUUUAUUAGAAGAAGCAAAUUUUAACUCACUGCAAUUUCCAUUUAUUCAAUUGUGAAGGCUUCUAGCCACAGGGUACAAAGAUAAAUUCUGAUAAACCUAUUUGUAAUAAAUACUAAGCAAUCUCUCUCCCAGGGAGGGAUUAAACACUGAAAUGCUGGAACAUGUUGAAUGUAAUUAAGUAUUGCCUUUUUUAAUUGCUUUUUUUAUUUGUUAAAAGUAGUAUACUGUCAAUUGCAAGUUAAAUGUGCUGAUGUUGUAUUUCAGAAAUGUGACGUCAUCCUGUGUUGCCCUGCAAACUACUUUUAAGUGAUAUUUUGUCACUAAACCUGAAGUUUAUAGUUUGAAAAUAAAGAACCUAUCAAUUUUA